GCAGAGAUGAGAGACUUCUUCAUGAUUAUUAUCGUGUGUCUUUUGCUUUACCAAAGAAAAGCAACAGGAGAUCAAUCCAACAAGAACAGUGACAAUGUCGACGAUAAUAGGCCAGUGAAGACCUUGACUAAAAAGUUUCUACGGUUCACGAAGUCAUUGCUUAGAACUUCUCAGAUUACAGAGCCUAUUCACCGAAUAUUUGGAAGAGAGGGAGAGACAGUCGAAGUUUUGAUCCCUUUGAGAGGGUCUCCUGUCGCUAUUUACUGUCUGACUCCAGAGCUACGUCAGAACACCAUCAGCAAUCCCUCGACAUACUGGUGGAGGGAGGGGGAGUCUCGGGCACGUGCAAUAGGAGAGGGCGACCAAUACAGAGUGAGGCUCGAUGGAAGCUUGAUGUUGUUAAAUUGGGAAACCUCACAAGCCACUGGCCUCUACUUCUGCACCAUGACACAUUUCAGACAUCAGGAAGAACAUAGCUUGACGCUGCGCUUCUGUCUUUUGGCCUACCACAUGCCGUUUCAAAGCCUACAAGUUGGUGCACAGCUGAAGACCAUGACCUGUGAGCAACGUUAUGUGAAGAACUCCAUUACACCUAUGAAGUCAGCACUCGACGCAUUGUGUGAAAAACUGUCUUGUCAGAUAAACCUAGAAUUUGAUUGCACACAGUGGGGAACAUCACCUGGCACAAUGGAACACCACAUCCAGCUCAAAAUCGCAGUGCAGCCGCAAGGUGAAGAUGCAAUGAUACCAUGUAAAACAGGCCAGGAAUGUCCCAAUGAAGAGACAUUGAGGAAGGCUUAUGAAAAUAUUCAUGCAUUUCUAGCCCAAUCUGAGUCUAACCUGAUGUCUAACAAUAUGCCUCCUCUUUACUACAUGGAGGGAACUUUUAAGGCAAUGAAGGUGGACCACUGCCUCAUCGGGAUGGGGAAACUGUCUGAUAGGAACAGCCCUUGCAUGGGUUGCUGUGUGACCUGUGGACCUGGUUCUUACAGUCCAAAUUGGACAGCCAUCUGUAUUCCAUGUCCAAUGAAUUUUUACCAGAAUAAUUUUGGCAAGUCUCAGUGUCAGGCCUGUCCAAUAGGCCUCAGAACAAAUGGAGAGGGAGCAAUGUCUUUAACUGAUUGCAAUACUGAUGGAAUUCAAGGAAGACUAUUUGAGAGCUAUGUCAAAGCCACAAAACAAGCAAGGAUGGCAGAAAAAGUGGCUAAAGGUCAAACAGCUCAGGAAGAUGGUCAGAUACUCAGUUCUACUCAACUCCUGGUAACUAUAGUUCUAUGCAGUUUGGCAUUUCUGGGAGCUGCUGUUUUAACAAUAUACUGCUUGGUAGUGCUGUUGUGUAAAGAGGAUCCUUCUGAUUGGCACAUGCUUAGAAUGAAGGAAAAUGCAAAUCUUAAAAGAAUUAGAUCGCCUUCGUCAUGCCCAGCAAUGAGAGAACAUCAGAAGAACAACAUUUGCGGAACAUGGAUAAAAUAGGGGCAUAAGACAGUAUUCAAUGAAAGGAAGAUGACAUGGUGGCUGACAGCUGACUCAGAAGAAAAUAACUGCAGGGAAAUACAGACAGAUCAAGCCAGGAAAAUAAAGUAGGACAAGAGUUCACAAGGAUAGCAGGUGCAGUCAGGAUUGCAAGAGUUGCAAGAAGCCAGCAGAGAGUAAAGAAAACAAAUGAUCAAGAUUGCAUGUGCUAUUUUUUACUACCUGUAUAUUUCAAAAUGCAUGUUACUGUGGAUACCUCUCUUUGUAAUUAGAAGAAUGUUUGUUCACCUGUUUCUAUUUGUUUGUGCUUAAGUGUCUGUAUCUAUCAUUAACUGUAGGUUUGGGUAGGCAUAUGCAUCCGUAUUGGCUUUUCUGGAACUGGGAGUAUAUGUCUGAAAUCUGGGAAUGUCUGUGUGCAAGUGUCUGUGAGCUCUAACAUCUUGUGACACUUAGUCUCUCCUGUCUGUUUGGUUGGGGAUAAGUGAUGACCACUGUGUUUUAUAUUUCUCCUUCCUGUUUAGAUCGAUUGUUAAUUUCAAUUACCUAGGGUAAUUUACCCAGACAGAGAGACAAAUUUGUACACAGUGAAUAUUUGUGAUUCUGUAUUUUACUCUAAUUCUGAUUGGGGAACAUGGAUAAAAUAGGGGCAUAAGACAGUAUUCAAUGAAAGGAAGAUGACAUGGUGGCUGACAGCUGACUCAGAAGAAAAUAACUGCAGGGAAAUACAGACAGAUCAAGCCAGGAAAAUAAAGUAGGACAAGAGUUCACAAGGAUAGCAGGUGCAGUCAGGAUUGCAAGAGUUGCAAGAAAUUAGCAGAGAGUAAAGAAAACAAAUGAUCAAGAUUGCAUGUGCUAUUUUUUACUACCUGCAUAUUUCAAAAUGCAUGUUACUGUGGAUACCUCUCUUUGUAAUUAGAAGAAUGUUUGUUCAGAAUGUACUGAACAGUAAUCCAGUUCUUUAAAAUCAAUAAACUAAUGGGAAGAGUUGUUACAGGAAAUAAGUGUGACAAAAUAGGAAAAACAAUGAUAUGUCUAAGCUUCAAAUAUAAGUAAAUAAAACUGGUUCAGUGCCCACAAUUAAUUGAUAAAUAUGAAGGCUUUGUACACAAAUGGUGAUGCAGUUAGAAAGAGUUCAGAUACAUGUGUAGAAGGAUAUCCCUGGAGUUUUCCACUCUACCAUGAUACUUAAUAGAGCAAAAGAAAUAUGUCUGUAGUAAUUUAAAAUAAGAGAUGUGGCAAGGACAAUAUGAUCAAAUAUUGUAGCAGGAAGUGAGGUUUUGGAAAAGAAAUACUCACUGUACAUGAUAUGUAAACCACACUUUAGGACUAAAAGAGUGCACAGAAAAAUUAAUAAAAGUGCUUUUACUUAAGUGCCUGAUAGGCGAAACUGGACCUAGGACAGGGAUAUCCCACUGGAAGCCACUCUUGGCCCAUGCUUCUGACCUCCUGCCUCUGCUUCCCCCAGAUCCCAUACACAUGCAAGAGAACACCACUCUUACAAAUUAUUUACUUCAUCUUAUAUACAUCCUGAUCUUGGAAAUCCAUGGGCGUCCUCCUUGCAGCAGCUAUGGUUUCCUUUACAGCCCUACUGAGUGCAAAAACUGCUGGAGUCUGAUUUGCUGGGCAAAACUUCUACCCCUGGUGUCUGAAUUCAAGAAGAAGGCCUGCAAUGACCUUGUCAAUGCCUGAUUAGUACAUGGCUUUCCUGCAAGUUAGCACAGGAUGAGAUUCAAUCCCCCCCCCAAAUGACUCUGCCCUAUUUCC